AUGCCCAAACCAACUAAAUCCACAGAGGGCACUACUCAUCUUGCCUUAAGUGAGACUCCCCAUGGCACUGUCCAAUUUUUGGAUCAAAAGAAGAGCAUCGCCGACAUCCCACUGUGUUGCAUUCCUGAGGUUAAGGGGACCAAGUUCACCAAAAAUAAGGUUGUGAGUGCGUUUUGGUCCCCGAAAACCAUCGGGAAACGCAUGGAAACGUUGCAAGAAGCUAAGAAGCGACUGGCGACGAUUCCUGACUUUGAAGCCGGGUCAGACAACCAGGCCGGGCCGGGAAUGUAUCCGGCAACCAUCCUUGCUACUGCAGAUACACUAUCAGAACUGCUGCACAGGAAGGUCAGGACUUGCAGGCCCUCACCCAAAGUUUUGGAAACUUUACAUUCCUCAUCAUCCUCAUCGUCAAAAUCUUCCUCAUCAUCCUCAUCGUUAAAAUCUUCAGAUUCAUCAGGUGUCCAUUCCUCCAGCUCAAACUCCAAAAGGGGCCCAGAUAAUUCACCGGUUCCUUUUCUGGAAAUGCAAGAUGAAGACCCUGAGCAAACUUCGGCCUUGCAGCUUGAGAUCAAUGCUCUCAAAAAAGACAAAAACAGAUACAAGGAGGAGGCCCGAAGGCACAAGAAAGAGGUGCUUCGGUUGACUGAGGACCUCAAGCGCAAGCAGGAUGAGCUUGAGGCUUCCCGUACUAAGAUCCAACGGCUCGAGGAUCUUAAUUUCGAGUAUCAAAAGACUCUGCUUGCCAAGGUAGCACCUGCUGUAGCUGAUGACACAACAUCAGCUGUGCACACUGUGGAAGUUCUUCGGAUAGAGCAAGUAACGCCCACUGAACCUUCACAAUCGACUAAUGCCCAAGGGGAGACUGAUCGUGACAUGCAGGACGACCAGGCCACCCAACAUGAUGAGACUGCAGACAUGCCAAAGGAUCCCAGUGGUGGACUUGUGAAAAUUCAUGAUGGGGUGUACAUCAGUGAGGUGGCGUACACCGAAGAGUACAAGAAGUUCCUGAAGAGCGCAAUGCAUAUGCCGGGGUCUGUUAACGAUAAAAAAUUUGUGAUCGACCUCACUGAGAAACUGUUUAAGAUUGAAGAGCUGGUGCAGAGCACAGUAAAAGGUACAAUGUGCAAUGCACGCAAAGAGACACAUGGCAACAAUGUUGGUGCAGCCCUGUGCCCACUGAGAAAAGCAGCUAUUGAGCGAACUUUAUUAAGACGCGUAUCAAUGCUGAACUACCAGAAGAUUUCCAGAAAGACUCAAUUCUAUCGAGAUGCAGGCCAAGGGUGGUUAACGAUUACAUUGGAUGUGCACUCACCAAUGCAAAAAAAAAAGGUUUAUCAGGACUCAGAAGAGGAUUAAUGGAAAUUAAAGUGUGCUUUGUGUACUUUUCA